AUUCUACACCGCUCGCCCAAGAAAGCGGUAAGAUGUUUUGUCCUUGUCGAAAAUGCAACAAUUCAAAACUGGCAACUCGUGAAAAUGUUUGGAAGCAUUUAAUAAAUAGAGGUUUCAUGCCAAAUUACUAUAUCUGGUUUCAACAUGGAGAAGGUUAUAAUUAUGAGAAUGAAGCUAGUAGUAGUAAUAGCAAUUUUCAGAAUGAACCGGUUGAUCAUUUGCAUAAUCAACAUAGAUACCAUCAGGAGGAGCAGAUGGUAGAUAAUUAUGAUAGGGUUCAUGAUAUGGUAGCUGAUGCAUUUGUUGCUCAUGAUGAUGAUGAAGUUGAAGAACCUAACAUAGAUGCAAAAAAGUUUUAUGAAAUGUUAGAUGCUGCGAAUCAGCCACUUUACAGUGGUUGUAGAGAAGGUCUCUCUAAAUUGUCGUUGGCUGCUAGAAUGAUGAGUAUUAAAACUGAUCAUAAUCUACCUGAAAGUUGCAUGAAUGCAUGGACAGACUUGUUUAAAGAGUAUUUGCCGGAAGACAAUGUCUCUGCUGAUUCUUAUUAUGAGAUUCAGAAACUAGUUUAUAGUCUGGGGUUGCCUUCUGAGAUGAUAGACGUUUGCAUCGACAACUGCAUGCUCUACUGGGGAGAUGAUGAGAAGUUAGAAGAGUGUCGAUUCUGCAAGAAGCCACGAUUCAAACCGCAAGGACGAGGACGUAAUAGGGUACCGUACCAAAGGAUGUGGUACCUACCAAUUACCGACAGAUUGAAAAGAUUGUAUCAAUCUGAGGAGACUGCUGGAAAAAUGAGAUGGCAUGCCGAGCAUACUCAGACGGAUGGUGAGAUGACUCAUCCAUCAGAUGCAAGAGCUUGGAAACAUUUUAACAAAAUAUAUCCACAAUUCGCUAGCAAUAGCCGAAAUGUGUAUAUGGGAUUAUGCACGGACGGAUUUAGUCCCUUCGGUAUGUCAGGGAGACAAUAUUCAUUGUGGCCAGUCUUUAUGACGCCAUACAACCUGCCUCCAGAUAUGUGCAUGCAACGGGAGUUUCUGUUCUUGACCAUAUUAAUACCUGGUCCGAACCAUCCAAAAAGGUCUCUGGAUGUCUUUCUACAGCCACUGAUAAAAGAGUUGAAAGAUUUGUGGUCAACAGGGGUGAGGACGUACGACUGCUCAACGAAGACAAAUUUUACGAUGCGAGCGAUGCUUUUGUGGACCAUAAGUGACUUUCCUGCUUAUGGGAUGUUGUCUGGGUGGACUACACAUGGGAGAUUAUCUUGUCCAUAUUGUAAUGGAACGACAGAUGCAUUUCAGCUGAAGAACGGUAGGAAGACAAGUUGGUUCGAUUGUCACCGGCGAUUUCUUCCCAUUAAUCAUCCUUAUCGAAGAAACAGGAAAUUGUUUAGGCAGAAAAGGGUUGUGAGAGACACUCCUCCUCCGUAUUUAACUGGAGAACAAAUUGAACAGCAAAUCGAUUACUACGGAGCUCAAGAAACAGUUCGUUGUGGUGGUAAUUGGCAUGUUCCCGGUAAUAUGCCUGAUUAUUAUGGAGUUCAGCACAACUGGCAUAAGAAGAGUAUAUUUUGGGAGUUGCCGUAUUGGAAGGAUCUUCUUUUGCGCCACAACCUAGAUGUGAUGCAUAUUGAGAAGAAUUUUUUUGAGAACAUCAUGAAUACAAUAUUGAAUGUUCCAGGGAAGACAAAAGACAAUCAAAAAUCGAGGUUGGACUUGCCUGAUAUUUGCUCAAGACCCGAGUUACAUAUAAAAAGCAAUGGACAAGUUCCUGUACCGGUAUUCAGAUUGUCUUCAGAACAAAAGUCGGUCUUGUUCAACUGGGUUGCAUCAGCAGUGAAGUUUCCUGAUGGGUAUGUUUCAAACCUCUCUAGAUGUGUUGAAAAGGGCCAAAAGUUCUCCGGGAUGAAGAGUCAUGAUUGUCAUGUCUUUAUGCAAAGACUACUUCCCUUUGCAUUUGCGGAGCUACUUCCAACAAAAGUACAUGAAGCACUUGCAGCCAUUGGAGCAUUUUUCAGGGACUUGAGCACUCGCACUCUUAAAGAGGAUGUCGUAGAACAACUUCACGAGAACAUUCCAAUCUUAUUCUGUCCACCUCCCGGAAAGGCAAAAAACCUCGCAAAUGUUGAAGGUUCUAUAAUUGCUGGAAGUUUGACGGAAGAAACAUCUCACUUCACAUCGUACUACUUUGCACCUAAUGUACGGACCCGACAAAGAGCUCCAAGAAGAUAUGAUGAUGGUGGUGUUGCCCCAACAUAUGCAGUUGCUGGUGUUCCGGAUAUCUUUAGCCAGAUUGGGCGAAUGGGUGGGAAAACGAAAGAGGUUUGGUGGUCGAGUGAUGAAGACGCCCAUAGUGCACACACUUACAUUCUACUUAAUUGUGAGGAUCCAUUUAUGCGCUAUUUUGAAAGCCUAUUUGUUAGUCAAGUCCAAGAAGCUAUCCCAGGUAUAUCCACAAGUGAGGUAGAUAAAAGGAAAGAUCGACACUUUAUUAAAUGGUUGAAGAGUCAGGUUGAAUAUGAGGAUCCAGAUUAUCUCAUAUGGUUUCACGAAUUAGUUCAGGGUCCACUUGCAAAGGUCACCAUAUCACCAAUGUAUUUCUCACGAGGCUUUACUUUUCAUACGUACUAG